AUGGACCCCUUCGGCCUGUUCAUGUUCUCCAUGGCCAUGGCCAUCCUCGGCAUCUUCCAUGCCAUCCCUUUCACCGCCGUUCAUCCCGCCAACAACUUCAUCGAGCGCCUCCAGGGCGGGUUCAGGAUGGGCUAUGUCCUCGGAAGGAUUGGUGAGGCGCUCGACAUGAUCGCGCCGCCGCGAUACGAGAAUAACACCUGGUACAAGACCAGGGACUGGUCGGCCACGUUUCCGAUCCCAACUGUGACGACUAUAGAUGACGGGACUGAGACCGAGACCGAGACUGAGACUGCUUCUGUUUCGAUGAUGACAGAUGUUCUUCCCUCAAGGACGGUGGUUAUCUUCUCCCCGGUUGCACCUUCGGAGACGCGUGUUCAUCCUGCAGUCCGUGAGCAUGCUGAGCCAGGCUCCAAGUUGUUUGAAGCCGUUGAGGCUCGUUUGGACGAGUUCAAGACCCAAUUGGCGCAGAAUCUCACCGGGACUUUUGAAGUUCGUCUGAACAUUACCGGUGAUCUGGCGCCCAAAGUCUUGGAAAUCGUCGAAGCUCACUUGAAGGUGUUCAGAGCUCAAUUCGUGAAAAACAUCAUCGUUGCUUCAGCAAGGCAGACUCCUCCUCCUCCUCCUCGAGACCCGUUCUCUUUCUCUGCCAUACCGUCCUGGAUGGCAGUGUUGAUUGCAAUAUCCAUCACUAUCUUCAACAUCAAGAAAUCACAGUUUCUGCGUGACGACGUGCAGCGUUUCAUGGCAGCCACAAGGUUCUCACGCCAGGAAGCAGAACGAAUGCUCAAGCACGCCCGUCAAUCCAGAGACGACCUCGCCCAGACACUCAAUCAGAACCGCUCUCGGAUACUCUCCGAGGUCAACGAGCUGGACCAGACUUUCCGCCGCGAAUGCCAAAGGCACAUGGCCCAUGUCCACACGUUCUUCGAGGAGGAACGGCAACGGAUCCAGCACGAGAUCCAAAGGUUUCUCCGGGAGGAGGUUCAACCCUUCCGUACAUCGAUCAACACUCGGCUGACCGGCCAGCUCGGCGAAUUGCAGCGGGAACUCGACGAUCAGGAGGCCCGUAUCAGGAGCCAUGUGGAAGCGCUGCAGGCGACACGCCUUCGGAUACCGGACACGGACGCUCUGGAGGCGGAGUAUGAAAAUUUCCAAGAGGACAUACGGCGAGCACAAGACUGGACCAGGGAUUUUCUACGGCGUAUUGACGAGGAGUCACUUUCUCACGAACAGCUAGUCGAUUCUGUAAAGCAUGUUGAGGACUUGCUCGUGAGCAUCGCAGCUCGCCAGAAAGCCACCGAAGCCGCCGCAGAAGCCCUUCAGUCGCGGCAGGAUGAACUCGAAACGAAGACGAAGACCGAGACCCUAGUACCUGAAGAAACUACUCAGAAAGAGAUAGAUGUAAAGGGGAAAGACGAACCGCCAGUGCUGAAGACGGAAGAGGAGACCGCAGCGUCCGUAGCAUCCGCAGAUGAACAGGUGGUGGUCGGCUCCCCUCUCGCGUGGAGGACGAUGGCCGCCGCUGCCAGCAUGCCCCAGGAUGAGUGGGAGCGAGAACGACAGGUCCGCCGCGAACGCGUCCUGCGCCGGGAGACAGAGCAAGAGGAUAGGAGAAAUGUUUAUAAAUCAUAA